AUGGACUUCGGCGGGGGUUCCUCGGCCGAGGUGGAGCAGGCCUGGCACCUCCUCACCGUGCUCAUCCGCCUCGGCCGCCCCGCCGCCCCCUCGGAACUCGCCGCCGCCGCAGCGCCCUCCAUCUCGACGCGCGUCGUCGAGCAGAUGUGUUGCUUACCUAGGUCGCCACUAUGGAUCUCUGACGACGGCGUCGUGACGCCCUCCGAGACAGCCGUCCUGGCGUUUCUGAGGUUCAUGGGGUGGGAUAUCCCGGGGCCUAAGGUGAGCCUGAGACCUUCGGAGGUGAGGCGGUGCUUGGGGAAGGUGUCGAUUACGUAUGAGCGUAAGCGGCAAGGGUCGGAUGCAAGGUGCUUCAGCGCGAAGAGGCGCCGACUACCGGCACCGGACGCAGAUUUGGUGGACCAAACGGAGCAUCAGUCGUGUCAGCUGGUUGCACAGACCUGUACUACGGUUGGGACGGUUGCUACUGGAGAGGUACAUUUGGAGGUUAUGCAAAAGUUGAAGGAUAGGCUUCCCACUCUCGGCACAUUUCUCGGUGAACCUUCCUUGGGGUUCUCAACUGUGGUUACUCUUGCUCCCAAUAUUGCUAAAAUUACCAUGCUUUGUCUUCAGCCCAAACUUGACCAUCCUCUUAGAGGUGAUGAUGGCACAGUUAUUGGGAACAUGUCUUUAGCACUGGUGCCAACAGGUUUUUCAGAUUGCCCUUGUUCUGUCAAUCUUCCUCCACUGGAUGCUGAGAAAUCAAAAAGCACUAAUGUGGAAGUUGAUGGUAAAAGUAACAAGAUUAGUGAAUCUGAACAAGUUUCCUUACUUAACUGUAGAGUAGAGGAUAGUGAUGAUAUACAAAAAGAGUCUGUCCUUCCCAUGGCCAGUCAUGAUGUUUUAGUUGGAGAAAGCAAAAAUAGGGCUGAUGAAGAUCUAAAUCUUGUUUGCAAAAAUCAUGGCAGUCUGAUUAAUCAUAAUACAAAAACAGCUGAUAGUAUUGAAGCAUUUGAUAUGAUUCUCAACCAAGCAGAUGGUCUACAAUACAAUUGCCUAAAUGAUGGCCAUCAUCAGAAUGCCCCAAGUUGUGUUCAGGAAAAAAAUCCACUUGAUGCUAGUGCAUAUGCAGAAGUUUUCACGGAUAAGACAACGCAAAUUUUGUUCCAGCCUUCUAUGGACAACAAAGCUGGAUCUAUAGCACCUCAAAUGAACAGAAAUGUUCAAUCUGAAACAUUACCGCAAGAAACUACAAGGCAAGAUGGCAUGAACAUGAAGAACCUGAAUAUUGCUUCUGAAAAUAGAGACAUCAGAUAUCUAAAUCAUGGAGAGCAGUCCUUGAACAAGGUGGAGGUCAAUGUAUCUAAGAAUGGGCGGGAUAAAUUGGCUGUGAAGCAAAAGGAGAAGUGCAAGAAAAAUGAACAGCCAAAAGAAGAUAAGGACCACACAGCAAAGACUCAAAAGGGUCAUGUAGCACCAAAACCACUUCCUGCCUUCAAGGGUUUUGUCAUGGAAGAGGAGGAAGGGUCUGGAGGUUAUGGGACUGUUUAUAGGGCUCAGAGGACAAAAGAUGGAAAGACAUUCGCUAUAAAAUGUCCUCACCCAAAUGCUCAUUCACAUCAUGUUAACAAUGAACUAAAGAUGCUGCAGCGUUUUGGAGGCAAAAAUUGUGUGAUUAAAUAUGAAUGCUCUUUGAAAAGUGGUGACCUAGACUGUUUUGUUCUAGAACAUGUUGAGCAUGACAGACCAGAGAUUUUGAAAAAGGACAUAACCUUGCUUGAGCUGCGGUGGUAUGGGCACUGUCUUUUCAGAGCUCUUGCAGGCUUACAUAGACAGGGGGUAGUGCAUAGAGAUGUCAAACCUGGAAACUUCCUUUUCUGUCGCAAACAGAAAAAGGGGUAUCUUAUUGACUUUAACCUGGCAAAUGAUCUCCACCAAAAGUUCUUGAAAAACUGUAAAUCUGAUGCAACUUCAAGUGGGAAGGAUACCACAUCUCAAACUCUAUCAACUAUUGCCCCAGUAGUUCAUGCCAAAGAACCAGCUGCUGAUUCAAAGCAACCUCUUCCUUUGAAGAGGAAAAGAUCUAGUAGAAGCCCAGUGGAUAAUGCACAUGCACCUAAGAUUGACAAUAAAAGUAGGCAUGGUAACCAAGCUGCAGAUGUAUCUGGUGUAACAUCUGCGAAGGAUCCUACAAGCACUAAAACAUCAUUAGAUAGGUUAAAGCAGCCAAUGCCUUACAAAGGGCGAAAAGAACUAAUGAACUUCUUACAUGAAACAAUGCAAAGUCCAAAGAAAAGUACUAUGCCUACUCCUAUUUCCCACAGGAAGAGGGUUGCUGCCCCUUUGAGUAGUGUGGAUCAAAAGCUCUUUAUACUGACGCCAAUGCCCCUGCGUUCUGGUGGUAGUGCUGUUGCUGGUUCUGGCAUGUUCAACAACAAAGGACAUGGAAAACAUCGAAGAGAAGGUCCAUGUGUUGGAACUAAAGGAUUCCGGGCUCCAGAGGUUCUCCUUAGGUCCUUCCACCAGGGUUGUAAAGUUGAUGUCUGGUCGGCUGGCGUGACACUCUUGUACUUGAUAAUUGGCAGAACGCCUUUUGGUGGAGAUCCUGAACAGAAUAUCAAGGAAAUAGCGAAGCUGAAAGGCAGUGAAGAACUAUGGGAAGUAGCGAAAUUGCACAACUGUGAAUCUUCGUACCCAUCCGAUCUCUUUGAUGUCAAAUUUCCGUUGUGCUCGGUGGAUCUAAGGGAGUGGUGUGCAGCCAACACACGCAGGCCAGAUUUACUCGAGAUGAUACCUAACUCCUUUUUUAAUCUUGUGGACAAAUGUUUGGCCGUCAACCCCAGGUGCAGGCCCUCAUCAGAGGACGCGCUCAGGCAUGAAUUCUUUGCUCCAUGCCACGAUAGCUUCAGGAAGCUCAGGAUGCCGAGGAGAUCAGCUGGUUCUGAUGCUGCAUGUUCAUCGUCUCACCAGAACACAGCACUUACAGCAAAACAAUCAUAG